UUACGACUUAGGAGCGUGCGCGUUUGAGGAACCAUUGCUGCCGCGACCUCCAGCACAUCGAAGGCUCGAAGCUACGCCGUCAUUCCAUGUCACUCCGUCCUCAAAAUCCAGAAUCCGCAUGUCUCCUUAAUCUGUGCUUUCUUUACCAUCAUCGUUAAGCUGCUCUACAAAUAGUUCCGCAUGUGUGCUCAAUGACCCUCUGUGUACGAGCUUCAAAAGCUUUCACCUCCGGACAGUGUAGAACUUUCUCAUUCAAGGUAAGGUUUCUGCAUUCUUUCUCUUCUUCGGUUCAAAGAUUUUGCCCAUCGGUUACCAGCAAUGCGCCGAUAAUCACAGAGAAUGACUACGGACACCUUAUCUUCAAUACUAUUGAAGAGGAACCUUGGGCAUUUUCCAAUAAAAAAUGGGUAUCUAAUCAAUUUCAAGCCGUGGUUAUUGACCGAGAAUUGUUUAGUCGAGUAUUAUAUAUGAUUCGAGGGAAGCCUAGAAUUGCUUUGCGUUUCUUUCGAUGGGUCGAGACCCAACCGGGUUAUAAACCGUCAGACAUCGCGUUUUGCGUGAUUCUUGAAAUUCUUGUGGACAGCAACUUGAUGAGUUCAGCUUAUUGGGUGAUGGAGAGGGUCAUCAGUGCAGAAAUGCAUGUUAUUGUGGAUGUUUUAAUUAAUAGAUAUAUGAAUUCAGGGGUGUCAGUCAAGCUUUUAAAUCUCGUGUUGUGGGUUUAUACGAAGAAAUCGAUGGUUGAGCAAUGUUUGCUGGUUUUUGACAAGAUGAUGAGAAAUGGAUUGUUACCUGAUGUGAAGAAUUGUAAUCGGGUUCUUAGGGUACUUAGGGAUAACCAUCUGGUGGUUAAAGCUAGAGAAAUAUAUGAAGUCAUGGGAGAGUCUGGGAUUAAGCCCACAAUUGUUACAUAUAACACAAUGUUGGAUUCAUUUUGCAAGGAAGGCGAUGUGCCGAAAGCACUAGAGCUCUUGACUGAGAUGCAAACACGGGGGUGUUUCCCUAAUACAGUGACAUAUAAUGUGUUGAUUAAUGGGCUGUCAAAGAAAGGGGAAUUGGAGAAGGCCAAGGGACUGAUCGGGGAAAUGUUGAAAUCAGGAUUGCAAGUUUCAGCACACACGUAUAACCCUUUGAUUUUUGGGUACUGCAGCAAAGGGUUACUAGAUGAAGCAAUAGAUGCUGGUGAAGAGAUGGCAAUGACAGGAGCCUCACCUACUGUAGCCACUUAUAACACGUGUAUUUAUGGAUUAUGCAGGUGGGGAAGAAUGAGUGAUGCUAGACAACAGUUAUCUGAUAUGUUGAAAAGGAAUUUGACUCCAGACAUAGUUUCAUAUAACUCACUAAUACAUGGGUAUUGUAGGUUGGGGAACAUAGGGGAAGCGUUUAUGUUGUUAGAUGAGUUAAGGUGUAGAAAUCUCGUUCCUACCGUUGUUACUUACAAUACUCUCAUAGAUGGUCUUUGUAAGUUGGGGGAAUUGGAUUUUGCUCAGAAGCUCAAAGUAGAAAUGAUUAAUCGAGGAAUUUUGCCCGAUGUUUUUACUUAUACGAUUCUGGUUAAUGGAUCUUGCAAGAAGGGAAAUCUAGCAAUGGCCAACCAAUUUUUCAUUGAAAUGCUGCAUCGUGGGUUGGUUCCAGAUCGUUUUGCAUACACAACCCGUAUAGUGGGUGAAUUGCGACUUGGUGACAUGGCCAGGGCAUUUAGCUUGCAAGAAGAAAUGCUAUCAAAGGGGUUUCCGCCAGACCUGAUCACCUAUAAUAUUUUUGUCCAUGGGCUUUGUAAAUUGGGAAAUUUGGAAGAAGCCAGUGAAUUGUUGCAGAAGAUGCUUCACGAUGGCUUUGUUCCAGAUCUUGUAACAUAUACUAGCAUCAUUCAUGCUCACUUCGAAAUUGGGCAUCUCAGGAAAGGCAGAGAGAUAUUUUAUGAUAUGCUGAGCAAAGGCAUAUCACCUAAUGUAGUUACUUACACUGUUUUGAUACAUGCCCAUGCUGGUCAGGGGAGGCUAGAACUUGCCUUUAUGUAUUUCUCAGAGAUGCAGGAGAAAGCUGUAAUGCCAAAUGUAAUCACUUAUAAUGCUCUACUAAAUGGUCUUUGCAAGGCAAGGAGAAUGGAUCAGGCUUACAGUGUUUUUGCUGAGAUGGAAGAGAAAGGUAUACAUCCUAAUAAGUAUACAUACACUAUCCUAAUUAACGAGAACUGCGGCAUUGGAAAUUGGCAGGAGGCUUUGAGAUUGUAUAGGCAAAUGCUAGGUAGAAAAAUUCUGCCAGACUCUUGUACACAUAGCGCACUGUUGAAGCAGCUAAACAAAGACUAUAAAGUGUAUGCAGGUCAGUUCCUUGAUAGCCUAAUUCUAACAAGUGAACACUCUGGCAAAAGUUAAGACUUAAUGGUCCUUGGAUGGAGUUCAAUGCUUUUGAGGUGCUUGGUGAGAAAGUGACAUACUUGUCUCUCGACAUCCAUCCCAUUAAAUUGUAAAGCUGCUCAAAAGCAGCCGUGUAAGUUUUUUCGGAUGAUUGAUCAAAUGGAUUUUAGAGGUUGCGAAUGCUUAUGUACCCAUUUAGUCUCGCAAAAUAUGGAGAUUGAAGACUAUUUCAUUUGGUACAGAAUUGGCCGCAAUUUAGUAACACUUGAGACCAAUCCAACAUUCAAGUCAUUACUUUCUCAUAUCAAACGGCAGAUUAUGUGAGAGAGACACAACAGCAGAAAGGAAGAUGGGAGGCAUUGUUACAUUUUUUCGUAUGAUUUUGAGGGUAUCACAUGAAAUUAAGAUGUUGGAGCUUACGAGAUGUCAAUAAGCUAACCUGCAAAGGGAGGAAGGAAAUUUUAAGAUUGCCAGGUUGAGUUGGGUGACAUUGGUAAUUCCUCUUGGAGAAUGAAAGGUAAUUAUCGACAGCCGACAAGUUGUCCGGACUCUGGAUAACCACAAUAUGGACCCCUUAAAAGGUGUCCAUGACAAAUAUUCAUAACAAUAUUGGAUGACCCUUUUACUAACAGCAACUCUUAGAAAUGUUGCAUAACUAAUCCUUGCAACUUAAACCAGGACAAGGUUCGAGUCCUCUCUCACGCUAGUAAUAAUAAGAAAAAACUUGCUUUAGCAAAAAAGAAAAAAAAAAUCAGUAGGCUCCCCGCUCCCGUAGCAUAAAUCCUUCUUAAGGUGAUCUAUGUCAGCAUGCCUUGAGAAAUACUUCAAGGAAGGUGGUGGGGCCUUUUAUUAUAAUUGUUGAUGUUGCAAACAUUUGGUAGAUUCAUAAUUGUUGGCCUGUUCCUGGUCCAAUUAGUGGUCAAGCCCGAGAGAACUUGGAAUGCUGGGCUGCACAUUGUGCUUUUACUGCAGGUGUUGUUGGAUUGGUGUUUAAAUCAAACUCAUCCUUGUGAAGAAAUGAUUUUACCUUAUCCUAUGCCAAUAACACUUGGUGUACAAUCCAGGUCCAAGUUGUAUUUAGUUAUGCUUGGUGGCCUGUAACUGUAAGGACAGGGUUGAGUUAAAUUGGUUCAAAUUAGAGUUGGUUGUUGAUUAACAUAUCCUAAAAAUCACUAACAAAUAUAUUUUUUCAUAUUUUUGUUAUUAAAUAAUUUCCAUUAUUAUGGCUCACCAUUGACUCAUCAAAGCAGAGAGAAAUGGACAUUCACAAAGUUCGUACCUUGUAGCAUUGCUAGCGAUUAAUUAAUCAAAAAAAUUUUCAUGGUUAGCAUAGUUUGUUCUUCAAGUGGACUCGAGUUGAUACAUUUACUCUUAACUGAUCAUAAUUCAAAGGUGCUGACGGAUUUUCUACCUAGGCCCUUCCCAAAAUUAAAUUCAUACAGCUGUUGGUUUGUUACAAGGUCAACACUAAAUAUGUGAGGUGUUUCUUAUUGGUGUGUGAGAAUACAUGCCCAUGGAGAUGAAUGGCUAAUUUGAACAGGUGCAGUUGUUUGGGAGCGAAUUGGGGUCUGUUUUAAAUGGUACAUAUAUGCUCGGAUGAACUUUUGUAAUGAACAUUCCAGAGCUGUUUUCUUAAUUUAUAGAUUUGAAGAAAGGAUUGUUGUGGAAACUAUUUCUAUUGCUGGUACCACACUACCAGACUGGUGUGUUGUUUUGUUUAUUUUUUUUGUCCUUUCUGCCCAGAUAUCAGCAUCUUUGCAUUAUAAACAGGUAUCUGAUUUUAUUAUCGUAGUUCUACUCAUCUUUUAGUGUCCUACGGUGAAUAUAAUAUGGUAAGCCGUUUGGAUAUUUUCCUCAAGUUUUAUUAUCUUACGUGUUCAUAGUAGAGAUAUCGUCACUUGUUACUGCUAAACAGGUUUGUUCUUUGUUUUGUUUGGUCUUCUAUCCUUUAUUUCGUGAAAAAAAAACCAUUUAUUUUGCAGUACCCGUAAUUGAUUUCGGCUGUUUUUGCUUUCCCUCUAAUAAUCGCAUAACAUAUAGAGCUGUGAGGGCAGACUGAUGGAAUGGUAACAGUUUUUUUUAUUAUUAUUUUUGCUUUCCUAGGUGCAUGGUUGUUCAGUUGCAAGAAU